CCCCCCUCUCGUGCCGCUCUCCCCCCCCCUCCCCCCCUGGCCAUGAACCCCCGGUAUGUGGCCGACCCUUGGCCGCAGCGGUCACGCCGGUAUGCCACAGACCCUCGCUCCACAUCUGCCGUGGACCCGGCGACGGCCGACGCCACGGCUCUGGCCCAACUGGGGGCUACAUCCAGUAGCCGGCAGCUGGCACACCUCUCCCAAAGGAUCGCCUUGACCCAAAAUGCCACGAACUCCGGCCGAUCAACCGCACCGCCACCAGCCCCGACAGCACCCACACGCGAGCGCCCCCCGGUGCCGAUGUCCUUCUUGGCCGGCGCUCGAUCGGCCUUUUUCCCGCCCGGCGGCGGGCUACCAAGCGCCGCGGCCACAACCACCGGGCAGGCCGCACUCAUGGCCGCGGCCCCCACCGCCGCCUCUCGCACGCCCAGCCCCGAUGAUGUGCUGGUCGACUCGCUCGUGGAGGACCUCCUGCAGGCUCGCGACACGCUCCCCUCGCGCGCCCUUGCUUCCGAGCGGCCAGCCUUGGCCUAUGUCUUCUCGAAAUUGGUGGAGGAUCUGCGCGCCGGACGCCUCCAGCCCGGAUUGGCUGGCGAUGCCGACCUCCUGAAGCAUGCUUCGGAUUCGACACUCAGCGGUGACGAUGAUGAUGAUGAUGAUGAUGACUAUAAUGAUGGUGAUGAUGUGGAUGGUUUCCUCACGGGCGAGGAUGACCCGGAGGGGCUUGGAGCCCGGCGCCGGCGCCGGCGGCUUCGUCGCCAGCAGCGUGGAUCCUCCCGUUCAAAUCACCCGGCCGACAUGUCGCCAACCACUCGGCGCAAGCGGUUCCGGCCGAACCCGGCCAACGAGCAGGUCAACACCGCCCUCAGACAGUGCAUCCAUGCGGUCGAGCGCAUUCGAUCGGAGCACGCGUCAUGGAUUGCCCUCGAGGCAGAUGUCACCCGAGUUGAGAGCAUGGUUGAUGUGAAGCUUGGCACUGUGGUGGAUCGCUUGCUGGCCGACCUCCCGGAGCCCUUGCAGGAGGUCGUCUCAGCUGCCCUGUCCACUGACACUCGGCAGCUGUCCGAGAGCGAUCUUGUGCGACAGGUUGCCCAGGCCACCGAGGCCUCGGUCCCAGCAAAUGACUCCGCCGAUGAGGGCCUUUGCAGCAGCAGCAGCAGCAGCAGCAGCAGCAAUGGGCGUCGGGCCUGA